CAAUCGAUUGUUUUCCUGCGAACAAAAUUUGUAGUUGUAUAUGUAGUAAUAGAAAAAUUAACUUAAAAAGUGUAAUUUUAGUUAAAUAAAAAUUAUUAAAAAUUUGGCCAUGUUUUAUGAACGCAAGCGAAUACGAGUGGUAGUUUGGUGCUGUUAGAAAACCCAGAAAUCGAAGAUAAGCAUAAAAGAUACAAACAAAAAAUUAUGCACAAAUUUGGCUAAGACGAAUUUUUCAAAAGAGAGAGAGAAAAAAACAAAGUUAUUUUUAAUGUGUAAUUGCAACCAGCUGGAAGCAGUGAUUGGACAUUUGAGGGAAUUAGCUGAAAUUGCAUUGGUCGACAGAAGCAAAAACUCAACUGGAAUACGCAUAUCUGAUAUUUAUAUUGAAUUAAGUCAAGGAGAAUCUUAAACGAACAAAAAGCCAACCUAUAGAAGGAAUAUAUAGUUGCCAUGCGAGCCUCCAUUCCGCCCGGCAUACGUGUGGUUCGCGGACCAAAUUGGAUAUGGUCGAAUCAAGACGACGGAGAAGGUCAUGUGGGUACGGUUUGUGAAAUAGGACGCAGUGGAUCAACACAUUCACCAGAGAACACAGUUGUUGUCAAUUGGGAUUCCGGCCAUCGAACCAAUUAUCGUGUUGGCUAUCAAAAUCAAUUUGAUUUAAUAAUUGUUGAUAAUGCCCAAGUUGGUGUUCGCCAUUCGAAUGUGGUUUGUGAUGGCUGCUCCAAGGCUGGCAUAGCUGGCAUUGUCUUUAAGUGUGCUCAAUGUGCCAAUUUUCAUUUGUGCGCCUUUUGCUAUGCAGCCGAUUUGCAUGAUUUAGAGCAUCCCUUCAUUAGAUAUACGACACCAAAUUCGUUGGGUGUACGUGUGCCCAUACGUAAGGGCUCGAAACGUAUUCAAUUGCGUGGCAUCUUUGUUGGCGCCAAGGUUGUACGCGGUCCAGACUGGGAGUGGAACGAACAGGACGGCGGUGAGGGUAAAACCGGGCGUGUUAUGGAAAUACGAGGCUGGGACAACGAAUCUUGUCGCAGUGUAGCUAAUGUCUCGUGGGUAACUGGUUCAACGAACGUCUAUCGAUUGGGACAUAAGGGCAACGUUGAUCUUAAAUAUAUAUCGGCCACUUGUGGUGGGCAUUAUUACAAGGAUCAUAUGCCAGUGUUGGGACAACCAGAGGAACAGCAACCGGUAGCGCCAAUGGUGAAGCCAAGCUUCUCUGUUGGAGAUCGUGUCAAGGUGUGCCUGGAAGUGGAUGCCCUUAUGAAAUUACAACAAGGCCAUGGUGGUUGGAAUCCUCGUAUGGUGGAGCAUUUAGCCAAAUUGGGCACAGUUCAUCGCAUUACGGACAAGGGCGAUAUUCGAGUUCAAUAUGAGAAUUGCCCCAAUCGUUGGACAUUUCAUCCCGCCGCUCUCGUUAAGGUUGUAUCAUUUCGUGUAGGCGAUUUAGUUACCAUAAUCAAUGAUGCCAAUAAAGUUCAACAAUUGCAAAAAGGUCACGGUGAAUGGAUUGACAUUAUGCGUUAUGCUCUUGGCAAACUUUGUAAAGUAGUUAAAGUCUAUUCAGAUGGGGAUUUACGUAUCCAGCAAUUGGACGAUGGCUUUGAAUGGACACUGAAUCCAAAAUGUGUCAAACUGGAACGUUCACCAUUGGCCACAGCAGCCGAACGUUCGAAUAGCAUGAUGGAUCUAAGUCAUCGUCGCACUGAUCAUGUGAUGACACCGCUUUCCGGUUUAUCUGGCAGCUCAGUGGCUGACAAAUUGGUACGCGAAGCUGCCCAAGGGCAUUUGGAGUUUGUGCGCCAAUAUCUGGAUAUUAAUCCCAGUCAAGUGGAUGUGAUGAGUGGUGGCAAGGCAUGCAUUCAAGUGGCAUCGCAUCAGGGAUAUGUCGAGCUUGUUACUUACCUCAUCUCAAAGGGCGCCAAUGUAAAUGCUGUCGACAAGGAAGGCGAUUCGGCGUUGCAUUAUGCCGCUUUUGGCAAUCAGCCAACCACAAUGCGAGUCCUGCUCCAGCAUGGAGCCGAAGUCAAUUUUCUCAAUUCGAGCCAUUGCUCAGCCCUGCACAUUUGUGCGCACAAGAAGACGCCGCACUGUGUGCGCGAAUUACUCCAGCACAAUGCCAAUGUUAAUAUACAGGACUCCUAUGGGGAUACGGCACUACAUGACGCCAUUGGGAAGGAGAAUACCGAAGUGGUGGAACUGUUGUGUAAUGCACCUAAUCUCGAUUUCACUGUAAAGAAUAAUCGUGGCUUUAAUGUGUUGCAUCAUGCCGCCCUUAAGGGUAAUGUGGUGGCCGCUAGACGGAUUCUACAGCUCUCCCGCCAAUUGGUAAAUGUGCGCAAGGAUGAUGGAUUUGCCGCCCUCCAUUUGGCUGCUCUUAACGGACACGCCCAGGUGGUAGAGACUCUGGUCACCGAGGGACAGGCUGAACUUGACAUACGCAAUAAUCGACGUCAGACACCCUUCCUCUUGGCCGUCUCUCAAGGUCAUGCCAGCGUAGUGGAGCGGCUAGUAAAGCUCUCAUGCGAUGUCAAUGCCAAGGACGAGGAUGGGGACAAUGCCAUGCAUUUGUGUAUCAUCAAGAAAUCAAACCUACAACAGGCAGCCGAACCUUCCCAGGAGGAAGCGCCCGAGAUACAUAACUUCUAUAUAAGUCUGGUACAGUGUGCCAGUGUGCGGAGCGAGGAUCGUCUGAUGUAUAGCAUACUAAUCUAUUUGGCUCGACAUGGUUGCCGAGUAGAACUUAACAAUGCCAAUGCAAGCAUUUUCGAAUGGAUUACCGAUCGUCAGAUUAGGCAACUAAUCUUUGGCCAACAAUCCGGUGCUGGAGCUGGUGAAUUGGAACCAACUGUCUUGCAAGCCAACAUGCAAGCCCUAGACAUGGGUGUUGGUGGUGGUGGUAGCGGCGGCGGCGGUGGUAUUGUGGUUGAGGAGGCAACGGAAGCCAUUGCCGGUGCAGGGCCUCCGCCGCCUCCACCACAGCGUCAGCUAGAGCCGCCGCCAACAACCAGUAGCAGCAGUAGUAACAACCACAAUACCACCGAUCAGCCAACACCUACAGCUCAUGCCUCGCCUGGUGUGAAAAAACUCAAUUCAGAUGCGGCAGCUGCAUCGUCCAAUGUCUCACCGCAAGUGGCGCCGAGAAAAAAGGCUCCAAAACCGCCAGCUCCCUCAGCUACUGUCGCCGACACAUUAAGUGUUACGCCAGGAGCUGGAUCUUUGGCACUUCCUCCAUCGGGGCCAACACCUCCAUUGGAAUGCAUUGUGUGUAAUGAGAUUUUGCAAUUAGUACGCUUUGAGCCAUGCCAGCAUCAAAUUGCUUGCGAGGAAUGCGGGAUACGUAUGAAAAAGUGUUUACGCUGUGGCGUGGCCAUUGAGCGACGGGUUACCCACAAUGGACGCACUGUGGCUCUAUCAUCAUCCACAUCAUCGCCCAGUGAUCCCACACGUCUGCCCUCGGGCGAUCUGCUGCGUUAUUUGGAGAACAAAGUUCAGGAAUUCGAAGAAUCCCACUUUUGUGGAAUUUGCAUGGAAAGGAAGCGAGAUGUUGCCUUUCUAUGUGGACAUGGCGCCUGUUCACAUUGCGCCGAGACAUUGCGCACGUGCCACAUGUGUCGCAAGACUAUACUCAAAAAGAUCAAUUUGUAUUAAAGAUCGAAAAAGAAAAAAAAGGAAAUGGAAAUGUUUAGCUGGAGCAAGAUUAAUGCUUAACCAAAGUGGCUUGUAUAUAGGCAAUUUAAAAUUUACAAUAACAAAUUUGGCGUUCGCUAGCUAACGGUUGUUUACAGCUGUUCUUUAUUAUAUAUACACAAAUAUCUCUAUUUUUUUUUCUGUUUCAAUGCAUAAUGUAAAUUUUUUUGAUUUGCAUAUGCAACUCGAAAGCCCGUAUAUGGAUUAUUUAUUGAAAAAAAAAAACAAAAAAUAACACUGACCGAAUUUUACUCGUUUUUGUAACGGUUUACCAAUAAUAUGCACCUAGAACACAUACAACCACACACAUGUCUAGUUACUAGUAAUGUAUGUAUGCCCCGUCAACGAAAAAACAAAAAGUAAAUAUUAAAUUACUAAAAGCGUAUAGAAAUAGAUAUUUAAUUAUAGUCUUUAAAAUCACAAAAAUAUAAAAAAUAUACAACAUACAAAAA